AUGUCCAAACCGACCGCACCGCCACCGAACCUCACGCCGCAAUUCUGCUUCAACACCCGCGUUCUACGAGACUUCCUGCGCCUCUCCCGCGCCAGCAUCGACGACAGCAUCUCCACCAACCUCAACGCAUUAAUAACGCCCUCUUCCACCUCACCCUUUGACCCGAAUUCCACCUCCAUCCGCAAUCCCUCACUACCCUCGUCCCUCACUCGCGCACCCAUCCCGCGCGAAACAACCCGCACAUUCCUGCACUCGGUGCUCUUCCCGUCAUGGAACGUCCGCUCGGACGUGAUCUCGUACUGCACCAGCAUCGCCACGUCUCCGGACCCAAACGACCCGGACCUCAUCGAGCGCGAGGCCCUGAAUAGACGGGACGCCGAGCGCAUCGUCAACGAGCGUCUGGACCCGUACUCGGGGAGGUUUUUCCCCCGAGAGUCCCGCGCCGAGAUGCUGGCCGACGUGCUGCGGAAUGAGAAUGCGGUCGAGAAGAUUGUGAGGAGCAGGACGUGGGGGAUUGUGCAGGAACGGUGCGAGGGGGUCGAGGAAGCGAGUUGGGAGGAGGCGGUGAAUGGGUGGAGGGAAGGAAAGAGAUAA